AUGGACACUGCAAGUUAAGACAUCAAAUGCAAAAGAAUAACACCAGGACCAGGCGUUGUCGCAUUUUGACUCAAUCAAUGACACAGUAUCAAUCCGUCGUCGAGCAAUCACUCAUAAUUCAUUGUAGAAACUUUUGUUUAAACAUUUCAUCUAAUAAAGCGUGACAUCUCAGUCGAUGGCGUCAUCGACGGCAGCGAGCCCUACGAAGGGCUACGAAAUGAAGACCCAUGCGAUACCUCCUGUAGGGCACGAGGAACGUCAAAGUUUCUCCGUCACGAAUACGGGUAUAAUUUUUCUUUUCACAUUUUUCUUCCCUAUGAUCGAUCCUAAGGAUCAUAUUUGUUCCAAUAAAUUGUUUCUUUAAUAGUACAACAAGCAUACAAUGAUCUACUAGUACGCAUUCUACUACCGUACUAUCUUCUCUAUGUCUUUCGACUCCUUUCAACAACAACUACCGUACAAUCUUCUCUGUGUCUUUCGACUCCUUUCAACAGUCGGACAUCGCGACUUCGGAGACAAUUUGCGUUUUUGUGCCGGUUAUCCCAGAAUCUUUUUUCAGACGACUACACAGAUAACCAUGGAACUAAUGGUGGAUCGACCAGCAGCGGUUGUUUAUCAAUUUAGUUAAGGGUACAAGAAAUCCAUCUUCACUGUCAUCUUGGUUCCGUUUUUAAAGGGAAAAGGAGACCCAAGACGCUGCUGCUGAUGGGUUUCCGUUAGUUCUAAGCUAGGCCUGUCAAGAGGUUCUCACAAGAUGAUAAGAAGAUGCUUGAGAUAAUCUGAUUACAGAUGAAAUGAAAUAAAAGAACUUGCUCAGGAGCGGCAAGAAGGAUUUCUUUUAUCUGCCAAGUAUCGCUUCCAAGUAGUUGUUGAAGAAGAACAACAACUAGGAAACGACAACAUUGUUAAACAGAGCCCUUAAUGCGACCCUUUUCUUCUAAUUGCAGCAUCAAAGUUCCGGCUGUAGAGCGUGAUCAUGAAGGCUACCUACUAGCAGAUAGCCAAUUCGAAAAGGAGCAAAGCUUGUGUGUCCGUUCCUUGAUACGUAAUCGAGACGUCUUUAUUCAGAAGUUAAGCCUUCGCUUAUUAAGUAGUCAUCUUCAGAGAAAGAGGCAUCUUGAAGCAUGAAGGUGGAGAGGCUUUCGUCCACCUGGGUAUGGUGGUUCUAUCUACCACUGACAGAAAAAAACAUUGAUAUUUUUUGAAGCAGAGAGACGCGGCUGGCUCAUAAGGGGAAGGAAGCAGCAAGAGGCAUCUCAAGAUGGAUAAGGGUGAGCUCUAAAGAAGGCAAGGAAAAGACUGGAAAGCAAACACGAGGACGAAGAGGACCUUUCUGACGUCGAUGAGAACGGGAUGCAUGUGGUUGGUGAGAAAACGAUGCCCGUCGUAAACCGCGCAAGUCUGAGCAAGCGGGUGGGCCUACAACAAUCCACGCUCAAUUUCGAAUCCAACACAAGGGGAAUGCACACAAGACCGCGAUUCUUCAGCUCCUUUCAGUGGACCACGCCGCAGGUUUCAAUAAAGCUUCUCCAAGCUGCGAGUGUGGACGAUUUCUAGCUCCAAUCGAAUUAUACUUACUAGGCGCUCACAAAAAAUUAGGUAGGAAGACAAUGAUUAUAGGAUCUUUAUCUCGUCCAAAAACCCCCACAGGUGAUCCGUUUCCACGCAGGUUUUGUUCCUAAGACCGUACCCCUAGUUGGUCUGGACGCAGAUUCGAAAUACGAGUUUUUCGCUACAGUGAUAGAAGAUUCUCUGGUUCCUUUUUUUCGAAGGAUGAUACGCGAAACAAUUCUUGGCACGUGGGCUUCACUGCAGUCGAAUAAGGACCCGAAAGUGCCUGUGCAACUCGUUUCGGCGGCUGGAAAGAAACGUGUGGAGACGGUCAGAAAAGCGUGCACAGAAACGAACUUGAAAUUUCCCUUCCCAUCGGACACGACGUAUCCGUCGAAUCCUCUCUAUCUUAAGGCAAGUGAAAGUGUUGCCUUUUCUACGCCGACAUGAAAUCAUUCACUCCCCUGCUCUAAAUCUUCAAUGUCGUAAUUUAUUAUAGACAAAGAACAAAAUAAUAAUAUAUAAGUGCAAUUAUAGACACAGAACAAAAUAAGUGCAUGUUUUUCCUCGCCUCUAGCUCUAACAACUCCGAAAUCCACCAGCUACCACAACCUUGGAAUUUGGAAUUGUUGAGUGAGUCCCUGGCCUACUACAUCCAGCUCGAUAAGACGCGUGUAGUGGCGACAAGUUUCUACGGCGGGAGAGGAGAUGCUGGAGGGAGUGGACGUAUGGCUGGUGUUGUACUUUGUAUUUAAUUCUAAUUUGGUAUAAAGUAAGCAGAUCUAGACGUAGAAGAUGAAAGUGAAAUUCCAGAGCUUCGUCUACUACUUCGUCUACCAGUAUAGAGAAGUAGCAGCUCCGUAAAUUAUCUACAGACUAUUGGAUCACGUUUCAGUUUAGUAAGAGUAAGAAGGAAAUUCGUAGACGCCCUUAAUAUUGGUGUCCACUUUAAUAAUUCACAUUGACAGAAGCUUUUUCCUCGUGAUCGUGAGCAGUUUGACACCUGCACUCUCCCCCGUUCUUCAGUCUUCGCUUCAGUUUUUUGGGGGCUCCUGACUUGUUCGCUCGCAGGUGUGCCGUGCUUCGUCUACUACAACUAGAAGCAGAUCCGUAAAUUAUACCAGUGUUCAUCAUACUUAUUUAACCCAUUUGUUUCCCUCCACAUGCCCUUCAAUUCUCCGAAAACUCCUGGCGAUGAGGAUCCGCCUGGAUUUCACUCCAGGAAGUUACCCGACCCAGAGACGCUGACCAAUAUUGCCGCUUACUCCAGACUCGAGUUUGCUACUUUGUCGAAGUUUCCGAAGUUUUUGAACUUACAGUUCCUGGGACAAAAAGGCGUCAAAUUCACACUAGACAGGCCAAACUGUAUGGUCUAUUGGAUGCCAGUACUUCCGGGACGGGAUGAGUUGGCCCCGAGACGCAAUCCAGGAGCAGAACAUUUAGAUUUGUCUGCGAUGAACAAAAGCUUCGGAGAGCUGGCAGCUCGUCAAAGUACGACUACUAUCAUCCCGAACGUGCACCUGCAGGAGCAUGAUUUUUCUCCGUCUGGGAUGGACCGAACGCAGAAAAACGAGGAUUUGCACAGUCUGAUAUCAUCGCCUGGAGAUGGGCAUGACGAUGACGUUUUUGAAUAUGGCCAUUGCUUCUAGCGUACAAAUCAUAUUAUUUGAGAAUCAGCCACAACUUCUAGUAUGUUGUGAUUUUUCCAAUUAUCCAUCAGAUCUCUAAUUUUAGGAGUUGGAUACACCUUCAAAAGCGGAUGACCCUGCUCAUCGAGGCGCGUCACAGAGUGGAACAGCGAGUGUGGUUAGUGGCGGCCCAGGAAGUAGAACUGGCACAAAACAGGCUAGUGCCGGAGGAGCGACGGCGCCUGCUUUAGUUAAGACUAGGUAGUACACAAGUCGAACCACAAGGAAGAUCCUUGCACAAACGAACUUUCUUCAUCUAGCAUGCUCUAAUCUCCGCACUAUGGCCGCCGUCGGCGGAUUGUCCAGUGCUUCACGAGGUCAUCAGAGUAGCAAAAGCGCAGACGACGAUCCAAGACUGAGAACAAGACUAACAGGCUCCUUCGUAGCAAGUAGAGAGCAACUUGGGAGACUGCAGCAGGGCGGAUCAUCUGCGUCCUCACGUCGCAAUACUGACCAUGGAGAUGCAGCGAGAUUGUUGGGUAUAUCACCCAUUGAGCAGUAUGAUGCAAUGGAGGGACGAACGCAGGAAGGCGGUAACCGUCCGGGGAGUCCUAGUUUUGAGCCUUCGCUUUUGAUCCGAGACAGAGCCGUGGCAGCAGGAAACUGCAUACAUUGUGAUUAAGGCUUUAAAAGACUUUCGAGCACUGGUACAUCAACAAGGAUAACGAUGAACAAGGUUCCUUCUGACUCGAGGAUCAGAGCAUACUCAUGUUAGCAUUUACAGCACCUUCAAGCAACCAACUAGCCCUAAUUCCCGCUCGACAAAGGCUUUAUCCAUAUCCCAGCGGGGAUAAUGGGAAAUCCUAUCGACCUAGUAGCAGAGUCGAUCCCAGACACAGGGCGCGCUCGUUCAGCAGUAGAAAUGCGACGCAUUGGUGGACCUCAUAGCGGACAUGGGACUGCGGAUCCAGCAGGUCUAGUUAUGGGGAAGGGUGAGGCAAGUGUGAGGUGAAAUGUAUUGUUGGAAGGGUUCCUUCUAGUUCGUCUUGCGAGUGUCGAGGACAUAGUUCUCAUACUCAUUUUUGAUUAUCACCUUGCAAUAGUGUUUUCUUUGGGAAGUUAUUUUUUUUUCAAUUUCAUUCUUUCUUUGUUGUGACCACGAGCAGCACUAGAAUUUUCUAACCUCCCCAAUGGGAGCACAUCGAGCCCAAGAGCCAGCCUUUCCGGGUCUCCAGGACGAUCCGGAAGUCCAGUUCCAGCCGCUUUUGGGGAGGCAGAGCUAACGUCUCAAGUCGUGAACCGUCCAGACGGGAUGAAAUUGAAGAAAAUGUUUGAUCCUCUCUUUUCAUCCUUGAGACCACGAUCCAUGAUGCCUAAACCCUACCGGUUAUUCAUGAAAGACUUCGCUAGGGACGACGGACGGGCUAGAAGUAGUACUAGUACGAGAGGAGUAGGUCUCGGUACAACAACUAGAAGAAAGCAGAAUCCGAAUUAUCAUAGUGUAGAGUCAGAAGCGGAUAAUGCGGGUGGAGAGGAAGCGGGUCAAGAGGCACUUGAGGAUGCAGCCGAGGGACCGCAGACGAGUUUACAUUAUGGAUCCUUUGUGGUAUUUUUAAAAUUGUUUUACAACAACUGAAACACAGCAUUCUCGUCUCUCUCUAACCCAAGCGUUUCGCUUUACGACGUGCUGACAUUGAGAGAGGAAGCCAAGACGCGAGAUUAGUGGAGACUCUGGGCGUGGAUUCUGUGCCAGAAGUGUUUCCAUUUCAGAGAAAGGUGGUCAUGGUCCCGGACUCCUAUGGCUACGGACAGCCUCCAGAACAUUAUCGUGUCACAGACGAGGUGUUGAGACGCGCAACGGGGAGUCAGAAGUCGCUUGAUGUGGAGUUACAAGAUCCACCGAGGAGAAAGUUAAGGGUGAACUUCUUGGACUUCCUUGAUAUUUAAUGUGAUGAUGCAUAGGGAGCCUUCGUAGAAAUCACAGUAUCUUCGCUACAAGGAAGCAAGUGAUUUUUACUUAAUAUCAGGAAACUGUUGUUUAUGGCACCAGAGCGCAAAAUUAAUUCUAGAAAUCAAUAUGAAGUACGAAGUGGCAUCUCCUAAAAACUCAAGUCCCGUUUCCGAUCCGCACUGAUGGCAUGCCUAUUCCAGAUCCGAGUACUGGCGAGCUUGUUUUCCCCGUUGGAGAAAGGCAGAAAAGCGGAACAAAAAGACACUACGACUCUAUCCGUGUGGUGGCUUCCUCAGGACUCACCUAUCCUAUUCGUGGAAGUGCAGAGGAUGAGCGGACAUUCGUGGAUAAAGAACGACAGAAUGAAGUAGUUUGGUCAGCGUUAGAUGCGGCCAUUGAUUGGGAUCAAGAUGCGGCUUUUAAUGUAUUUGUACAAAACGGCUGGAAUCCAGUAACGUUUCCUUGGCAUCGAGCUGGGAUUGACGAGUCAGUGUUGCGAACAAGAGUGGCUUGGGCUUUUUCUGUCAAGGGAGAGCGCGCAGUAAGACCGAGUCAGUGGACUGUGACAAUAGUCGGAGCAACACAAUUACAGGAUGCGAUGACGGCAGGUAUUUUCAAGAUUGAGCGUGACUUGUAUGAUUUUUUUUUCGUAUUUGAAGUCAGUAUCAGUUCUGUCCCAGAAAGAUAACUUCUGCUGAAGUUAUCUUUCUCUUUUCUCUCUUUUCACCUACCUAUAGUAUCCAAGUGAGACCCAUUUCCGUUCAUCACCUACCUCAGGUCGCAAUGCCUCUGCCUCUAGUGUCCGAUUCGCAGCAGAAAGUGCGGAGCCGCAAGAUCCCUCAACAGAAGGCACAACUACGGUUUUGUUGGAGAUUUCGGUCUCUGAAGCGGACAAAAAAAUCGUAGUUGCUGGACAAGAAUAUGCGAACGCGGAUUUGAAAUCCUUUUUCGACAGUGCGAUAGGAUACCAGCUUUUUCUCCGAUAUUCUCCGAAAAGCUUCGAUUAUUUGGAGCUUAUCUUCCACAGUCCGGGGGUGCCUCUCUUUUCCUUGAGAAUACCACCACACUCUGAGCGUGCUAUGGAAGAGGAAGGCGGAGAAGGAGAUUCCCCAGAUGGCGGUGCCGUAGCUUUGCAACGACCACUUCCUGGACAGCCCCCUGUGGUGGAGCAACAGCUUCUGUACAUGGAUCGCUUCGAAUACACGAGUAAAGCAAGCACUUCUGGAGGUGAUCCUACUGGAACAGUUAUGGUUUCGGAAAUAGUAGGCUCCAAAAAUAAACAGUGAUUUACAGUAUUCAAGCAUAGCCAGAAAGUAGAAGUGCUGUCGGUACUCUUCAAGAGAGUAAAUUCUUCAUAUUUGACUGAGUCAAUGAAUCGCAUGGUGCCUACUUCGAAGAUCACGACUAGAUGAGCCAAAGAUGUUAUUAAGGACAGCAACAUAUAAUCCAAGCACAAGCAGCAAAAAAAUCCUACUACUCUAACAAAGGUCCCAUCCCCGGCGAUGUGCGUGCCUUUCUUGUCCCCUACGAGUUGGCGAUCUUCCAUGAGGCGUUUAAUACGGGGGCGCCUUUGAAACAAGGUUCAGAAUCCACCGGUCCAAAAUCCUCGACUGCAGAUUUGCAGCGCAGAAAAAAAAUGAUGUCAGCGUUGUCAAAGCGCGUCCGGACACAGGAUGAAGAAUACCUGUUCAUCGUUUGUAAAUUAUGGCGGAAAUGAACAAAGACAUUGAUAAUGAUAUACAUUUUCAUUUGGUUUAGACUUUAGGAUAAGGUCGACUACAGUCCGAGUAAGCACUGAUGAAAGUACUAAGUACGUGACCUAAUUACCUAUGAUGAGGAUGUACGAGUCAAUCCCUAGUAUGAAUGCGGAUGUACAGUUCAAAAGUAGUACUGUACCUAAGGUAUGCCAUCUACCAGCCAAUGAUCCUGAUCGCAAACGCAAUCCCACCUCUAACCCCAGUCUGUGGAUGGAAGCAGAAGCAGAAUCCUAAUUUGGAUUUCCAGAGGUGUAAGAGAUGUGGGAAGUCGAAUGCGACGACCUAUCCUUCGAUCGUGCGUGUCAUGGAGAGAUUGCGGUACUACUUUAAGAUUGCCCGAGUCAUGAAGAGAUUGCGGUACUAGUAUGCUUCCAGCAACAGUGUUGAAGCUAUUAAGUAUCGUAUUUGUCAUCUUUCUUUUUCUGUAUUCUGGUUUCUUUUUCCCUCGUACGCUUUUCGUGCGAACGUGUUGUAGAGCUUGCUUGAAACUCACAACCUCCCCACUACUAUUUAGGGCUCAAAACAACACUGAGGGAUGGUGAGGAUUUUCCUAACCCUAUCCACUAAAACAGGGCACAAAACGACACGGAUGCUGAGGAUUUCCUGCGAUAUGUCGAAAAUAAACCACCGCCAGCUGACGAAAGGGCUUGGUCGACUAGAAAAUUUCAGUCUGAGCGUGAUACCCGCUACAAAGCGACGCAGCGAGAUAACGAUGUCACGCUGCUGGGGUUCAAAACUUGAGCUCACAUAGGGUGAGUGUAUUUUGGGAACGAUGCUCGUGUCAGUAAUUGAGUAAUUAUAUAUACUUAUCUUAGCAUAGAUUACAGUGUUUAAGCAGUGCCAGGGACUAUCGCAAUAAGUGGAAUUAAUAUCAACAGCUCUAGGUCUAGCUGUAGACUGAAAUGAUAACCAGGUUAGAUGAGCCAACGGAAACGAUUAGAAAAAUUUCUGCACACCAACCUAUUUAAGCAUCAAGCGACCAAAGCCUUUGUAGUCAAAGCAAGAGUGAAAUGACGGUUCCAGGUUAAGACCUUUAUUCGUUAACAGGAAAGAUAAUUAACGCACUUUCUUAGUCAAGUAGGAUGAAAUUAAAUAGAAAAGACGCAGCAAACCAUCGCUAGUGCGCAGAGGUUCCGUGGAAGGAUCAUCUCUGUACCACACUAUCGAAAAUGAACAAAGCUAACGCGAAUGAUACACAUUAUAAUUAGUUUGUAUCAUCACCUUUGCAUAAAAACAGACAAUGAACACCCUUCCUGAACUUUUUACACCGACCAACAAGAUUCACCCUAUGGAAUUUGAUGUUCGAGUACUUUUUUUACUACAACAAGAAACGCUGAUAGGCAUAAGAAUUCACUGCAGCUAAGGAUGCGUUAUUCCUUUUCCAUGCACAGUGAAUGUUGAAUGAAUCCUGUAUUAAGCAUUUAAUGAACAAUCAAAUUGAAACCAUAGCUAACUAUUUAACACAUUCUAGUAGUUGAUGUUGACGCGUCGUUUUUCUGAUAUUGCAACAAACAGCAGCGUAUCGAAGCGUCAGAAAGAGACAGCUACGUGAUCAUGCAAAGGAAGCAUGUGAU